AACUUUCUAAUGCGAUACAAAAUGAUCAUACCAAAAUUUCUUAUAAGGUUGAUAGAAUCAAAAAAAUAUUUUCUGGCACAUUGAAAAAAACACUUCACCUAAAAGAAGAUGUACUCAUGGAUAUGAAACAUAUGUUAUUCAUAAUUUUUGUAAUAUUUGAUAGCGAAGCUUUAAUAUUUAUGAAAGACAUAACACAAGACUAUAUCAAUAAAAUAAAAUAUAUUAAUGUGAAGAAGGCAAAAACUACGAAUGAGAUUAAAGAGAUAGAAAAGAAGGUUGAAACUUGGAUUAAAAGGGCUAUUCUUAUUAAAGUAUUGAUAGAAAUUUUUUGUAGAAAUAUUCCACUUAUUAUUAUUAUGGCUAUUUAUACUUCAUCAAUAGUGGUUUAUACUUAUAUGCCAUUUAUGGCAUUGGUAACGUCCUGUCUGAA